AUGCCAAUUUCCACUAUCGCCGUCAAGCAGCUUCAAGAUGGUCUCCAAAGACUUCCGCAGGAGCUGUACGAUCAGGUCUACGCUUUGACCUUCACCAUCGAGGCUGGAAAAGUGGUGCUCGACAGGAAUUACCAAAUUCCAUCACAGCUUCAGGUCUGCCGGCACUUUCGAGAGAAGCUCCUCAAGAACUACUACGCCGCUACUAUCUGGUUGCUGUGGGGUGAGCCUUGCAAGCCUUUCGACCGCAAUGGCAUACCUUAUGUCAACAUCGAUCGGGUCUGUGUCCUUCAUUGGCUCAAUUCACUGUCUCAGGAUGCCAUGGACAUUUUUGCGGCAAAACAAUUCGAUCGUCGCGCGCCAUUUUGCGUCAAGGACCUCAGGCUUGGCCGUGGUGUCGAUGCGCGCCCACUCCGUCCAGGGGUACAUGCUGUAAUAUGUCAUUCGAGAUUGGAAGACAGCUUUGGACCGGGACUUUUCGAGUUGUACAGGGUCUCGUAA